AUGAGGCACUCACUCCUCCUUCCUACCGCCCAGUAUCUCGAGCAUGGUCAGAGCGGAGCUCCCAUCAUCGGCCUCAUCAAGGUCACGGCCUCAUCCAUCCUCGAAGUCGUCAUCCUUUCUUCCGUAGGCUUUGUCCUCGCACGCAGAGGCAUCAUCGACAAGCGCACCCAGACCAAGAUCAACAAGCUCAACGUUUCCUUUUUUACGCCCGCUCUGCUUUUCUCGAAGGUCGCUUUUACACUCAACCCGGCUCGACUCGCCGAGCUCUUCAUCGUGCCGCUGGGCUUCGUCAUUGUCACCGUCGUCUCGACGCUAAGUGCGCUCGUACUAUCAUGGUCUGCCAAGCUCUCCCCAGCACAGCGCAACUUUGCAAUCGCUUGCGCCAUCUCGCCCAAUUCGAACUCGCUUCCUGUUGCGCUCAUGCAGUCACUUGUGGUCACUGUGCCUCAGCUCCACUGGGAUGAGCAGGGAGAGCCCGAGGACACUGUCGAUGGCAUGCUCGGUCGAGCGCUCACCUAUCUCGUCCUCUUCAGCACCCUCGGCAUGUUCCUCCGCUGGAGUGUCGGUGCCAAACUCCUGAGCAGCGUCGAAGAGGAUACCUCACCAGAGGACAGCAUCGACGCCCAGGGGCACCCAAGCCCCUCUUCCACCAUCAGCGACACCGACACUCAACACCCUCGCCCGCAGAUCACGCUUCGCAGACCAACAGGCGAGCGUGUCCGACCAGAACGCAAGCGAUCCGGCCCUCCAGCCUGGGCACGCAGCUUCCCCAACUCGCCCGAUGCCAGCAUGACCAACAGCCGUGCACGUGGCGGCGAUGACUCCGACUCGGAUGUCGAGGACGAGCCCCUGGAGCCAUACGAAGAGGAAGGUCAGAUCACGCUGCCCGGCGCCAGCAACAGCCGUGAGAAUCGUUCCUGCUGGAAGAGGUUCUCUACGGCGACGCGCAAGUGGUUCCACAAUCUCGUGCUACGUCCACUAUACGCCAUCGGUGGCUUCAUGACUGCUCCGCUGUAUGCGGCUGUCAUUUCGCUCGUCGUCGCUGUUAUCCCGCCUUUGCAAAAGUUCAUCGAUUCAUUGGAGCCCGUCGUGGGUGCGCUCGAGACGGCAGGUGCCUGCAGUAUCCCACUCACCAUGGUGGUGCUCGGCGCCUAUUUCGUGGCUGAUGCCUCUGCGGUUCAGCAGGCUCAGGGCUCCAUUCCCAAAGCGGUACCGCCCAGUGCCCCAGCCGGAGAUGGAUCGAUGUCCGCCACGGGUCCACAACCCACCGCUCCCAGCUCGAGCAGCAAAUCCUUCAAUGGCAACGCCGCAGGCAGCGAUUCCGAUGAUCCUUGGAGGAGAACGUCGCUCGAGUCUGCAAGUGCGUCUGGCGAGUCGACUCUGGUUCAAGCCAAAGACUCGAAGCGCAAAGGCUUGAGCUCGUGGAAUCCCUGGAACAGCGGAUCUUCCAGCGGCGGUUCUGACAUUGAAGAGGGAGGAGGACGAUACACUGAGGAACCGUCGUCGUACGCUCAAGCCGCUGCUCCGUCCUCCACACCGAUCUCACGACGAGUAGCCGGCGACGACGAAGCUGCACGCAAUGCCGACCUCAACAGCCGCAACUCAGCCGGUCGCUUCCAGAACGCGCUCAACAAACAAGCAUCCGACUCUACGAUGGAACGUCGCACCAUCGCGGUGGCGAUCUCAUCACGCAUGAUCCUGACACCGUUGAUCCUGCUACCGUUCGUAGCGUGGUACGCCAUGGCGACGGCUAGCAACGUGAUGGACGACCCAGUAUUUGUGGCGUGCGCCUGCCUCAUCAUCGGUUCGCCGCCUGCGUUGACGUUGGCGCAGAUCACGAGUCAGUCGGCGCAGGGCAAUCCGAGCUUCGAAAGGUUGAUUUCCAGGACGAUCUUCACGGCGUAUACGUUUUUGGCUGCGCCGACGACGAUCUUGUUGGUGCUGACGGCGUUGGUGAUCACCGAGAACGAUAAGAACAAGGGGUAG